AUGAAUAAGCGUUGAACACACGUGACAAGUUCUGUCAGUAAUGAACUCUUCCGAAUUUAGAACCUUAAACUUAUUCAAAUUUUGUUGACAUUUACACUUGUAAUAAUGAAAUAAAAGUAAUACUAAUUCGAACAGUAUAUUAUAGAAGAAAUAUUUGUCAAACGCAUAAUAAACAACGCUGCAAAGUGUUCUUUCUCAGUAUGUAUCUGCGUCAUCGGUCGGUCAAAACAUUGCGAUAGUAAUAUUGUAUGCACUAUAGUUGAAACUGCAUCGCCUGAAUAUUUUGUCGUCUCGGCUGUAGAAAAUAUAAAAUUAACGUUACGGUCCGAGCAAAUUUUUGGCGAAUGAAAGUAUUAGGAACCGAACUGUGAAAUUACGCGCUACUGACAUGUUGCAGUUAAUAAAUCUUCCCGAUAUUGUCCUGGAGACGAUUUUGUCUAACCUUACAUACGACGAAAUUUCUAGAUACAGAAUUAUAUGCAAGCAGUUCGACCGAAUAUGUAAAAAGUUAUUGAACAGGGGUUUCAAUUUAAUGGAAAAAUAUCAUGCACAAUGUUUACGUGCUGUAAAAAGUCAAUUACCUCGAAGAGAAUCAGAAAGGAGAAGUCAUCCUUUGGCACGUCAUUGUGACAUAUUGACAGCAAUAGAAACAAGGAUAUCCAUGUUAUCUAUGACUUUUAUUAAAUACGUGGACCUUAAUCUAUGCUGUUUUAUACCUGGCAAGGUAAUCGAUGAAAUUUUUCGUGUUCUUCGUUUGCUUCGUGACUCUAAAACUCCUCCUAGAGCUCACGAAAUACUUCAGGAGUUAAGAGAUAUUAGUAGUAUGGCAAUGGAACAUUUCGAUGAGAAAAUCUUACCAGAUCUAAAACAUAGUAUUUGUACAUCUGUUGUUAGUAAUGUAGGUUCCUAUGAACUACCAGGUGGAAGUUUAAUGAUUUCACAUCAUACUACUAAUCGAACUAAUACAACACUGCCGCAUAAUUUUAACUCGAAUCAAUUGAAUCAGACCUUCAAGAAAAUCUAUAGUCGUACUAAAAAGAAUAAAUUAUCUGUCCUUUCUAUGAAAAGUCAGAUAAGUAAAAUGAAGCUCAGAAUGAAGAGACAAGGUUUCCAAAUGCGACUGCAGAGUUUAAAACUAAAAGAACAGGCAAAGAAGAUAAACGAUCAGGAUACACAAUUGGCAGAAAUGAGAAAACAUCUGGAGGAAUGGGAACAAAAAAUGGUAGAUUUAACAACUGGACUGAGUCGUGCAAGAGAAGAAACACAGAAGCCUGAUUCAAUAGAGACUUGUAAAAGAAAACUUAUUGAUCCAACAAAUGAGUUACAAGCGAAAAGGUGUAAAUUAGUAAUGGAAAGAUUAUAGUUGAUACUAUAAAAACUCGAACUUCUCAUCAGCUUGUCCUUUGUACAUAAGAAGGUUGUAUAUGAAAAGCAAGAUUAUUACUCUAAUUGUAUUUCGCAUUUUUUUAUGUUAUAACUAAAUAAAUUUAAGUAUUUCAAUUUUCUACAUAUUUAAAUGCAACCUACAUAGCUAUUCUUAAAAUAUAAUUUGAGGAUACCCAAAACCAUGAUAGUAAAAAGAAAAACAGGUAAAUUCUAGAUUUUACUUUGUUUUCUCUGUGUAUUGUUAUCAUUGUUGAACACGAUUACAGUGAAUUUAUUAUGUUUAAAACAUAUUUGUAGAUGUAACUAAACAUAUAAAGAAGAAAAAAAUGAUAUAAUCGUUUUCGUUUUUAAGCGAGCAUAUUAUUAAACGUGAAUAUGUGAAUACAUGUAAUGAACUGUGGUGUUAAAUUAUUGUAUAAACUUCUAAUUGAUUUGCUAAGUGUAUUUAUAGUUAUAAUAAUAUGCAAUAAAUGUAAUUGCGUAUUAUUUUAAACAAACAAUUCGAGAAUGAAUAUUCAUUAAAAAUUUAAACUUAAUAAGAUCUCAAUGGAAAUUGAUAAUGUGUAUUUAAUUUGCUUCUUAUUUAUUUUAUUUGUAAUAAUUCUUCCAUUUACAUAAACAUUAUUUUACAUUAAUUAAAAUAUUGUGUAAGGUUUCCUGUAAAGUUAGCGACAAUAAAUUAUUAGUGAUACCUGGUGCAUAUAUUUAUACCUAUAUGUAGUUUCCGGUAAUAUGAUAAUUUAAAAAUAUUCAGCUAUA